GUCUCCUUCGUCUCUUGUUUCUUUUCUCCGUGGCCGGGGAACCACAAAGAGAUAUGGGUACCCGAGACCGACCCGACACUCUCUCCUCCACAUUCAUCCUCGUCUUCAACCUCUUGCUCCUCACUUCUCCCACCGGCCAUGCAAUUGCGAAUCCGAUCAAAACCGUCGUUGUUCUGGUGAUGGAGAACCGGUCCUUCGAUCACAUGCUGGGGUGGAUGAAGAAGCUUAAUCCAGAAAUCGACGGCGUCGACGGGUCUCAAUCGAACCCGCUGUCGGUGAAGGACCCGAAGUCGGAGCAGAUCUUCUUCGGCAACCAGUCGCAGUUCGUGGACCCGGACCCGGGACACUCGUUCCAGGCGAUUAGAGAGCAGAUAUUCGGGUCAGAGGAUACGUCGGCGGACCCGGCUCCGAUGAACGGAUUUGCGCAGCAAGCUUACUCCAUGGAUAACACCACUGCCAUGUCCCGCAAUGUGAUGAACGGCUUCGUCCCUGAGAUGGUCCCCGUUUACAAAGCUCUUGUUUCUGAGUUUGCUCUGUUCGACAGGUGGUUUGCCUCAGUGCCGGCUUCCACACAGCCUAAUCGCCUUUACGUUCACUCCGCGACGUCGGCCGGAGCGACGAGCAACAACUCGACGCUGCUCGCACGGGGAUAUCCACAGAGAACCAUCUUCGACAGCCUCGACGACGCCGGAAUAUCGUUCGGAAUAUACUACCAGAACAUUCCGGCGACAUUGUUCUAUCGGAGCCUGAGGAAACUUAAGCACAUAGUGAAAUUCCACCCGUACGACUUGUCGUUUAAGCAGCACGCGAGGGAAGGGAAGUUGCCGGGCUAUGUUGUUGUGGAGCAGCGGUACAUGGACACUAAGUUGUUGCCAGCGAAUGACGACCAUCCAUCGCAUGACGUGUACCAAGGGCAGAUGUUCGUGAAGGAGGUGUACGAGACGCUGAGGGCGAGCCCGCAGUGGAACGAAACCCUCUUCGUGAUCACGUACGAUGAGCAUGGAGGGUUCUUUGAUCACGUCCCAACCCCAGUACGUGGGGUCCCCAGUCCCGAUGGGAUUGUGGGGCCCGAACCCUUUUAUUUUAAGUUUGACCGGCUGGGGGUUAGAGUUCCUACCAUCGCAAUCUCACCUUGGAUAGAAAAAGGCACAGUUGUUCAUGGGGCAAAGGGGUCACCCACUGCAACAUCACAAUAUGAACACUCAUCCAUUAUAGCCACGGUGAAGAAGCUCUACAAUCUGCCCAACUUUCUCACAAAAAGAGAUCAAUGGGCUGCCACCUUUGAGGGCAUUCUUCAGACCAGAACUCAACCCAGAACUGAUUGCCCAGAGAAACUUCCAACUCCAGUGAAGAUUAGAGAAGGAGGCCCAAAUGAACAAGCAAAGGUGAGUGAGUUUCAGCAGGAGCUGAUACAGCUAGCAGCAGUGUUGAAAGGAGACAACAUCUUCACCAGUUACCCUCAAGCCAUAGGGAAGGAUAUGACUGUGAAACAAGGUAAAGCCUACAUGGAAGAUGCUGUCAAACGCUUCUUCGAGGCUGGGCGUUAUGCCAUGAAGAUGGGAGUCAGUGAUGAACACAUUGUGCAGAUGAAGCCUUCUCUCACUACCAGAUCCUCCAAACAAUCUUCACACUCUAACCCUUAAAUACACCCACCAUAUAUAAAUAUAUAUAUUUGUAUAUUCUAUAUACAAAUAUUGAAAAUGGGACAAUGGCAAUUUGCAGCUCUAGAAGAUGUAAUCUAUAAAAGUUGCCUGAGAUUGAAUAUAUAUAGGUGUUAUAUAUGCAGGUGUUUCUGAUAUUUGGUUAA